AAGAACAACAGUUUUUAUAGAGCAUCAAACGUUCGGCAACUGAAUACAAGAAGAUGAAUUUUCUCCCCGUUGCAGUUAUUAUUACUCUAGCGUUCCAUAAUGGCAUGGGCGCACCCAUGGAUUUUGCCGAAUACAUUUCUCAAGUUCUAAUGAGUCAAACACCAGAUCAAGCGUUUGGGAGACUGUUCAGACAAGUGAAUUUGUUACAAGAUGCAACAUGCUUUGUUGGCCUGAAAGGACACGUACUGAAAGAUGAUGCACUUUCGUCAUCAUCAGAUUGGGACACAAAUCACGCCAGCGAUCAAGGCAGACUCGACAAUCAACAAAUUGGACACAAACGAGGAGCAUGGUCAUCCAAGACUAAUGCUGUCGGACAGUGGAUUAUGGUUGAUUUAGGACAAGUUACAUCUGUCAGUGGAAUAAUUACUCAAGGCAGACCUUCAUCUGAUCAAUGGGUAAGGACUUACAAAGUCCAUUGCGGUGAAACACAAGCAACUCUGGCACCUAUACAGGAAGCAGGAAAAGACAAGAUCUUCACAGGAAACAAAAACCAAAAUGAUAGAUCGGUGCAGAAAUUUGGACACCUGCAUUGCAGAUACAUACGUAUUUACCCACAAUCAUGGUAUAAACACAUGAGUAUGAGAUUUGAGGUCAUCAAAGGUCAAUGCGCAGAUUUGUAUUGAUCUAAUACUCAGAUAUAAACCAUAUCAUACCAAGCCAAACCACAUGAUUUUCCGGUUAUUUUCCUGUCUCUGGUCUAUUAUUGGGAAAGUAAUAUUUCAUUGAAUUUAAGUGAUUGUUAAACGUCUUGAGUCGUCAAUGUUAUACAACUUGAAAUAUAAAAUUGAAUCAAAUUAUAUUACUAUUGAAUAAAAUUUUAGAUCUCAGCGUGA